AUGAAUAAGCUUGGUUAUAAGAUAUGUGAAGACUUGUUGAAGUAUGAUAAAGAGUAUUGGUGUAGGGCAUACUUUAGAGAAGAUUCAAAGUGUGAUGUCAUUGAGAAUAACAUGUGUGAAACAUUCAAUUCUUGGAUAGUAGGUCCCAGGAAUAAGUCUGUUAUAACUAUGUUAGAAGAAAUUAGACAUAAAAUCAUGAAUAGGACCAUUGAAAUGAGGAAGUUUGCUGAGACUUGGGUUACUGACAUUGCACCAAUGGCUAGGAUGAUACUGGAAGAGAACAAAGCCCUUUCUAGGAGGUGUAAGGUUAUGUGGAAUGCAGAACAUGGGUUUGAAGUUGAUGAAGGUGUAUACAGAUUCAUUGUUGAUUUUAGGACCAUAACAUGUACUUGUAGAUCAUGGAUGUUGAGGGGCAUUCCAUGUCAACAUGUAGUAUGUGCAUUCUAUGAUAGAGAAAUGGACCUAGAUGAUUAUGUUGCCCACUCGUAUAGGAAGGAAACUUUCCUUAAAACUUACCAGCAUUUCAUUCAACCAAUUCUCAACAUAAAGAUGUGGUCGGAUUCAACAAAUCCAUCUAUAGAGCCUCCGGAACCUAAACCUAUGCCAGGUAGACCAAAGAGAUGUAGGAAAAAAGCCAAGGAUGAACCAAGAAAAAAGCAUGGUAAACUAUCAAAGAAAGGGGUAAAGAUGACUUGUUCAAACUGCAACACAACAAAUCUAGAUGCAGGAAAGGGCAUGUUCCAAGAAGUGCUACUCAACAAAGUCAAAAUAUGCCACCACCUCCACCAAGAUCAUCUCAGAAAAUACCAUCUCAACAAAGCAAUCCAUUAUCUAUAUGUGAGGAUACAAGUGUUGUCAAAUGACAAAGCAACAACUAAUCAACUGGGCUUGGUAGAGGAAGAGGAAGAGGAAGAGGAAGAGGAAGAGGCCAUGGACUAG